AUGGCGAACCUCAUCCGCUCCCCAAAGGCCGGCAGUGACUGGACUGGCAACGACCUGGCAGCCUACAAUAUUCAAAUGCGACUGGAAUCCGCGGCGAGCUUCUUCGGAGACCACACGAUGCCCCCGCCCAACGUCGACCAGGAGAUCUUGACUACCCAGAACGCACAAGACAUGUACUUCGACCGCAACGCCGAGCUCAUCAAUCUGCUCGAUCUGGCCAUGAGCUCUAUGUCAGCCGAGGACUCCGCCGUCGACGACUUUGCCGUCGAGCUGCUCAAGCACCUUGGCUACGUUAAACGCCACAGAAUCGCGCGCACUCGGAAGGACAUCCCGUUCUAUGUCUGUGGCGAAUGGACGCACGCAGAGACGGACGUUUGUCUCCUCGAUCGUCAACAAAACGAUAUCUUGCUCCUCGUCCAGGAAGACGAGCGCUCUCAGCCGGAGCACCCGCGCGAUCCUGGUCCUCAGCUGGUUGCGAAAGCGAUCGCCGCGUUUGACUACAACAAUUCUCUGCGGCAAGCAACAGGACAGGCGACCGUCGAUUCAAAGGUCAUGGCGGGCAUCGCCCUACUCGGUACGAUGCCUACGUUCUACAAGAUCCCGGUCACCGCGGGUCUUGUGCGCGACGUGCAUUACGGCGCGUACCCGUCGAAACCCACCACAGUUUCGGUGCAUGUCCCAGAGCUCCCUAGUCCCGCCGGACGUUACAGUGAAGGCAUGAAGCCCCUGGACAACAGGCAGGCAGUUCUGCGUUGUUACGAGGCAUUCAAAGGCAGUGUGGGCAUAUAG